GUGAAAUAACUUCACGAUUAACUGCAGAUACUACAACAAUUUUUUCUUCGCAAUACUGUUCAAAUGGGGGGCUCCAUGCUUUUUAUGAUGACUUUAAGUUGGCGAUUGUCUUUAAUUCCGUUUAUUGUUGUUCCGAUUAUUUUGGUUGCUUCCAAAAUUUUUGGUGUUUAUUAUGAUUUUCUCAGCGAAAGAGCCCAAGAAGCCAUUGCCCAUUCUAACGAUGUUGCUGAAGAAGUUAUUUCAACAAUGAGGACUGUUAGAAGCUUUGCUUGUGAAGAUUACGAGGCUGAACGUUUUUAUGACAAAUUAACCAAUACUUUGGGUGUUACAAAACGAAAGUCUUUUGCUUAUGUUAUUUAUCUUUGGGUUUCCGAGCUUUUCCAAACAAUAAUUAAUGUUUCUGUCCUCUGGUAUGGCGGACAUUUGGUACUUUCAGGGCAAUUAACAAAAGAUUUGCUUGUUUCUUUUCUUUUAUAUCAAAUGCAAUUAGCAGAUAAUAUUAGACAACUUGGAGAGGUCUGGACAGGCCUAAUGCAAAGUGUUGGUGCUUCACGUAAAGUAUUUGAAUAUAUCGACAGAAAACCAGAAAUAUAUACAAGUGGGGAGUGUAUGCCUGAACGUUUAGAAGGCAAAAUAGAAUUCCAAGGAGUCCAUUUUGCUUAUCCUACAAGGCCUGACAAUGAAGUUUUGAGGGGCCUUUCAUUUUCUGUAGAGCCUGGAGAAGUUGUUGCACUUGUAGGGCCUAGUGGAAGUGGAAAAAGUUCAUGUAUUGCUUUACUUGAAAAUUUUUAUUCUCCAAAUGGAGGUAAAGUAUUAAUUGAUGGAAUUCCUGUUUGUGAUUAUGAACAUCAUUAUAUACAUGAAAAGAUAGCAUUGGUUGGCCAAGAACCUGUACUCUUUGCUCGUUCAAUAUCAGAAAACGUAGCCUAUGGUUUAGAUAAAUGUACAACUGUAGAUGUUGUUGAAGCAGCUAAAAUGGCUAAUGCCCAUUCUUUUAUUAUACAAACACGGGAACAAUAUCAAACAAAUGUUGGAGAAAAAGGAAGUCAAAUGAGCGGAGGACAAAAACAACGCAUAGCUAUUGCAAGAGCUAUAGUUAGAAAACCGGCAAUACUUUUACUUGAUGAAGCUACGUCUGCUUUGGACACAGAAUCAGAACAUUUAGUACAAGAAGCAAUAUAUAAAAAUAUGAAAGGGCGUUCAGUUAUAUUAAUUGCUCACCGACUUUCAACUGUAGAAAAAGCAGAUAAAAUAGUUGUAAUAAUAAAAGGGCAAGUAGAACAAAUGGGGACACAUGAACAAUUGUUAUCACAGGCACAGAAAAAAUUUUUUAAUUUUUUUACAAACAAUUCUUUUAAAGGAAGGCAUUUAUCGUUCACUAGUUCAACGUCAAAUGAUUGGCGGUGGGGGGAAUGGAAAUAAUAAUGGAGGGGAUAUUAUUAUUGGAGGUGAUCCAACAACUUCGGCUAAUAUUGGAGUAGAGGAGGGAGAAGAAGAGAAUAACAAUAAAAAUUUAAAUGAUGGAAGAGAUUCAAUUACGUCUUUGGCUAGUGGUGGGGGUGGACGUAGAAGAUCGAGAAUUGGGCCUAGAAUUGUUGGAAGUAGUGGAUUGAGUAUUUCACCGAGAACUAUGGCUCAAACUUUGAUGGCUACAUCAUUUACACAUUCAACUUCAAGUCUUCAAUCGA